AUGGUUUUUCAAACACCUUGUUUAUUUCAAAAAAUAUUACAUGUUAAGCCUUUUGCAGGUACUGAUAGAUUUUGGAGAAAGCGAAAAAUAUUAAAGUUUGCUGCGCAUUUUGUCGGCAGACACCAAAAUUGUUAUUCCAUUGCUAUUAGACGAGUUAUCAGAGCUUUAACCAAUUCCUGCAAAUCUAGGAAUGUUAAAAAUGAAGUUCGAAAAGAGUUAAUUCAAACCAGAUUAAAUGCAGCUUGUGAAGAGCAUGGAUUGCCAUAUCCUUAUUUAAAAGAAAGUUUAAUUCGUUCCAACAUACUUCUAAAUAAAAAAAUUUUAGUUGAUUUAGCAAUUUGGGAACCGAGAACUUUUAAAUCAAUUACUUAUUUUGCUUGGAACAAAGCUAAAGCAGAGGGACUUGAAGGAAUUAAUGAAUUAGAAGAACCACCAUCUGGAGUUAAAUCAUAUUGGCCCGUGCAAACUACUCAUUUCGCUAGAAAAGUUUUAGGAUUUUCCUCCAUUUUUUUAUCGUUAGCAAAAUGUGAAGAAGAAAUUAAUUCGUCUCAGUCAAAAGUAAAUAACUUAUCUCAUGAGCACUGUAUCAAACAAGCAUGUCUUUUGUCAGUAAAUUCAGCUUCUACAUUAUUGACCACCACGGCCUCAGCUUUAAUAGAUAUUUGUAAUUCCUAUAAGGAAUCUUUAAACCAAAUGCUUUCCCUCUUGGAAGAAGUACAAGCAUUCGAUGGUAUUUUAAAAACAUUCAAAAGAAAUCAAAAUACUUAUCAUAAUUUUUGGAAUAAUCGUAAAAUAAAUUUGAACUUAUCAUUUGUUGCAGGAGACAAUCCUUUACUUUGGGAUGCUAUUGUAGAAACUAGAGCUAAAGUAAACAAAGCCAAAGCUGCAGUUAACGAACUUAAUUCAUAUAUGAGCUCUGUGGAAAAAGUUGUGACUUCUACCACUGAAGCAGCUUUUCUAGCUGGUGCAGAAUACAUGUGUACAGCUUUAUGCGAAAGACUUGAAUCUGCUCAAAGAGAAAUUAAAAUUCAAAUUGGACAUAUUAAAAAACUCGAAGAUGAUUAUUUAAGAAUGCAACAAGAAAUUGUUAGUAAUAAACAAAAUAAUAAAAAUAAAGAAGAUAAAAAAAUUGUUGAUGUAUCGAAAAAUGGAAAUUUUCUUAAUUACCUCUCAGAAUAA